UUUUGUUGUCCCAAAAAUAUUCGUUUGACAAAUUGGUUAUUCGAUGUUUAUUUGAAAUCAUCAGCAUUAUACAAAUGUACCCCACAGAAAUAAAACAAGUUGCUUGUGCAUAUAGUAGACAGUUUCCAAAAAGGAAAUGGGAGUUUCAUUGGGCAGAAUUAAAUUUAAGGUGCAUUAUUGGCCGACACUCACUUUCAUAUGGUUUGUGGUAACUUUUGUUAUCUCAUACGCAGUAGCUCUCUAUCACGAUCACAUUUACUGGCUCUUCCCGUAUAUUAGUGAUACAGGAGAUUUAGCACCCGAAAGCUGCGUUUUCGCUCAAUUUUUGAAUAUAGGGAUAAUAUUUUUAUCUGUGACCGUUUAUGUGAGGUAUCGGGAAGUAGACGCGGUAAUUAAUGGCGGUUUAAUUAAUAGUCCGGCGACAACGAAAUUAAAUAUUGUUGGCUUAUGUCUGGGUUGGUUAAAAUGCCUAGGUUUAAGUUUGGUAGCUAAUUUUCAACUGAAUGCUGACUAUGUUAGUAAAUUGCAUAUUUAUGCGGCAAUGGUAGCAUUCCUAAUUGGAGCAGUGUAUUGCAUUUUACAAACUGUAAUUUCUUGGAAGUACGUAAUUCUAUAUCGCAAUGCGACUACUGGCACGUCUAAAUUGGCAUUUUCCAUGUUCUCCUUUAGGGUGUUUUUAGUGGUUUCGUUUUUUGCCGCAUUCAUUAGUUAUAAAGUAUGUGCGUAUAAGGCGGCGGCGUUAUAUGAUGCCAAAGCGGUGUAUAAACAAAAUGCCCAAGGAGAACUAGUCCUUGUACUGCCAAGACAAUACACUCCUGACAUUGGAGGUUUCAAAUAUAAGGUAGCAUCUGCAUUUUCCCAAUGGAUUGUAGUAUUAAUAGAACUAUUGUAUAUUGCCACUUUUACGAAAGAAUUCAGGAACAUGAGGUUUAGAGAAAUUAGAUUUGAAAGUAAAUAUUCACAAAUAUAACAAGGUCAGGUGUGGUUCCCAAUUCAAGUACAAUACGCACUUAUGGAUUCAUGACGAUUAAUUAAUCUAAUUACACAAAUUAAGUUUGUUCUUUUUAUUUUAUAAGUAUUUAUUUCAAUAAAGUGUUA